UCCAUCAGGCCGCUCAGUCCGGCAGUCUGAGCGUGACCCAGAUGCUGGUGCGCGCUGGGCUGCCGGUCGCCUGUCAGGAUCAAAAUGGUCUCACGCCCCUCGACCUGGCUAUGAUCCACGGGCGGUCGGAGGUGGUCGACUGGCUCAGGAAACAGAACCCGGGCAAAACGACGGAGCUCAGCCACGCGAGAACUUGCAUGGUCCACUACAACGAGUGCGGCGCGCUGAUCAUGGGGUGGGCAGAGGACGACAAGACGGACCACCUGCUCAGCAAUCUGGAGAAGGACCUGGUCGGCCUGCAUUUCCGCGACCAUAACGGCCGGACGCCCCUUCACGUGGCUGCCGAAUGUGACAACGAGGAAGCCGUCCGGGUCCUCCUCUCCUGCGGGAUGUUUCCGGGCGUCCUGGACUACGAGGGCAAGAUGCCGCACGACUUGGCUCGAUCGGACAGACUCCGCGAACUCCUGGCCUCAGCCUUGAACUCUGAGGACGGCCGAGUUUCAACCUACGAAGAGAAAUGCCAGCUCUACAAAGAACUCAUAAACCACAUCUCUACAAACAACGACGCCAAGGAAGUCACGAAGAUGUUGCUCCGCGGGGCGCCCAUAGAGCCCGUGGGCGAGGUCCCCUACCACGCCCUCCACCUGGCCAUCUCGCUCGACAGGACGAACAUCGUCAGCCUCCUCUUGGCAGCGGGGGCGAGCCUCACUGCUCCUCGUGAGGGCACCUCGCCCUUGCAGGUCGUCUGGAGGAGCAGCGACGCCAUGGUCCUCCUGAAGGUCGUGGUUACAAGGGCCUACCAGACCCAGCUGAAGUUCGAACUACGCCUUCUCCAGAACUCCCCGGAACCUGACGAAGGCGUAGGUCUUCUCCGCCAGGGCAUCAACCACAUACUGAACACCCUUACCCUGUGCAAGCCGUGGCAAGCCAGUUGGAAAAUCUCCCACGCCCCCUCGACCCCUUCCCUGGCUGACCUCAUGACCUCCGCUGCAAGGCAUAACUGUGUCCUGACGAUGACCUUCUUGCAGACUGAAGGGGCGCUGGCCUUCCAGUGUGACAGCCGAGGAUUGACGCCGUUGCACGUUGCACUGCAGGCAGGACACUUGAAGUUGGCCACCACGCUCGUGAAGCACCUCGGGAGCUCUCCUUACGUGCGAGACCUCGAGUACAUGAAAGAGGUGAUGCAGCCGCGCGCGAUGCAGGAACUCGAACAGUGUCUGUUUUACCAGGAGGUCCGCAAACUACAGGCUUGCCUCGAGAAGAUGAAAGACAAUAGAGACAAGAUUCAGGUGGAGGAAAUCCUGAAAAUCCAGUCCAGCUUGUACCACCGCUUAUGCCCAAGGUACCCUCCCUCUGACCUCGGCUCGCGGGGCCCUGAGGCACUCCUUCUAGCGUCUCAGCGAGGGUUGCCUCAGCUCUCCUUCUUACUCCUCGCCGUGGGCAAGGUCCCCAGCGACGCGGUGGUGAAUGCCCCCACCUCAUCCACCGCCAUCCACCAGGCAGCUGCUCACGGAAUACCAAUAUCGUGGCCCUGUUGCUGAACCAC